AUGACUUCACGAUGGGUCAUGGUCGACGAUGCGGACCCCAUCGUCCAGUACGGCUCCGGAUGGACUGCCCACUCGAAUGUUCAGGACAACCCCGGAAACUGGGGACCACCCUUCGAUGGGACGGAGCACACAACUGAUACGAAUACGACCGUGUCGUUAACAUUCACUGGAACGUCGAUUAUCGUUCUGGGCAAGCUAGACGGAAACAACGCGACUGGACUGCCGGAUCCCUACUGGGACUGCAUCCUCGACGGAGAGGACAUUCCGAGAAGCGGAUAUUCAACCAGCUUCACCGGCCACUGGAUCUUCUGCAACAGGCAAAACAUCCCUGAUGGUCAGCAUACAUUCACUCUAACCACCAGCACCACCGGAGCUCGGACGAUUUCAGUGGACCAGUUCCAGUACCUGGCCUCUUCGACCAUUAACAUCGACAAUGCGAAGGUUCAGAUCGAUACCGACUCUGUGAGGUAUAGUCCUGGUUGGCAGAGUGACAGCAGGUAUAGUCAUACCUACCAGACAGGAGCGAGCGCGGUCCUCGACUUUGUUGGCGUCUCAUUGCAGUGGUACGGUUUCGUACCGAAUGCCCCCACGGCCAAUGGACCAUCAACAGCAGGGUACAAGAUAGACGGCGGAGAGGAAGUUAACUUCACCCUACCUGGGAUUCCAGCUGGCAGUCCCGCCGGAGGGUUCAGCAACGUCCUAAUAUUCGAAACUUCUAGAUUAUCUCCUGGCCGCCACCAGCUCGAGGUUACGCACUACGGAAGCAGCACCUCGACUCCACUGUCGGUCGAUUACAUCUUCAUACAAAAUGCCACCAUCCCGUCGGGUUCGAGUACCUCUUCCACCUCUCCCUCGUCGGGCACAGCAUCAGGGUCAGUCAUUCCUGGUUCUUCGUCAACGACGACCCGCUCAACUUCUGGUUCCAGUACCACCACCUCCACUGGCACCGGCCUCCCAAUCAACAACGGUGCGGAGUCUGAGAAAUCCACCCCUGUCGGCGCAAUCAUCGGAGGUGUCAUCGGCGGAAUUGCCCUCCUCGUCCUCAUCGGCAUCUUCCUACUACUCCUCCGGCGCAGACGACGACAUGGCGGUCCCAUCGUCGACAAAUCCAUCGACGGCUACAUUCCACCAGAGAUGAUCGACCUCACCCGCCCAACUCCUUACGUGCAAGACGGACGCGACCCGUCGACCACGUAUAGCCCGUAUUCGCAGGAUGGGCAGGUGAGCCCCCACAGUCGGCAGGGGUCACAGCAGGCGCUGGCGCAGGGAUAUUCGCAGGUACAGCUGUUGAACCAUUCGCAAUCGAAGGUGGGGCUGGUGCAGCAGGGUUACAAUCCAUAUUCGCCGACGCCGACUUCACCUCUCGCAUCCCCUGCUGCGACGACCUCUAACGCCGCAUCGUCCAGUUCGCGGCCUGACUCUGGAGAACUACCUCCACCUCAGUAUUCGGACAUUGCACCUCUUCGUGGGCCUCCUACGCCUCCUACAACUGUUCCAACUCCGAAGGGGACGGUUCUCGCUCCUUAA